AUGGAUCCUGCAUUAUCUAAAGCAGAGUUGGGAGAAACAAAACAUCCAAAGCGAGGAAAGUCAUAUGAUCUUAACCACACUUCUGACGGUCAGACUGCUCAAGUCUCGAGUCAGAAAGCAGAGAUCGAGAAAACAUGGAAUAAAUUUGUUGAGUCGUCCACUCUUCAUGGUUUGCUUCACGUCUUCUCCAGCUCAACCACAACGCGUCGCUUUCUAUGGGCUGUGCUUCUUUUGCUAGCAAUGAUGUGGUUUUCAUUUCAGUCCUUCAAGUUGAUUGAGAAGUAUUACAGGUACCGAGUCACGACAAAAGUCAGUUUGAAAUACGACCCCAUGCCGACUUUUCCAGCGGUGACUAUCUGCAACUUCAACGUGUUCAAAAGGUCUGUGGUUAGAACGUCAGCGUAUGAAGAAAUUUUGCCCCAGCUUCAUGCAUCCGUUGUUAAAAAAAUGGGCUUGCCCGAUGUCAAUGAUAGCAUUGACUUAAACAAAUAUCAUGACUUGAACCUCACACAGUUUUACAUCGAUGCGGGACAUCAAAGCGAUGAUACUGUUAAUCAUUGCAUUUGGAACGGAAAACCGACCUGCGAUCACAGGAAUUUCACGUCCGUGUUGACAUCGAUGGGACUUUGCCACACUUUCAACUCAGGUAAAUUUUAAAAAAAUAUAUUUUCUCCGUGUGUCAAAAGCGACAGGGCGUACAUUUGGUCAUAAGCAAGUGCAAUUUACAAGGGUUAAUGAUAGCCGACAUAACUUAACGACAACUCAUCUAUUACAUAGAGGAUAUUACAUGACCCCUUGGGGAUACGAAUUUUAUCUUCGAGUGCUGAAAGUAUCUCUCACAAGUGAGCGAAGCAGUGGAAAAGUACUUUCAAAAGUACUUCAGCACUGGAAGAUAAAAUUCGUAUCCCCAAGCGGCCAUGUAAUGUUCUGUUUAUUUUAUUUAUACUGAUGAAAUUUCAAAUAUCCUCACACGUGAAAGAUAAAAACAGUAUCUUCACUGCGCGCGAUGAAGAUAUGAUUUUUUAGAAAAAAGGAAAAAUUCUGGUAUUUCAUCAGUAUCUAUAUAAUAAUAUUAAAUCCUAAUAUAAUCUCCGCCGAAUGCUGUUAAUUCGCAAAAUCAGUUGAAGCCUGUUUCCUUUCUGAGUUGUCCGCUUUUAUACCACUUCAUAUGGUGAGAAAGUUCUUAAAGGUACGUUGACACAAAUAUUAGGCAGGUCAUCUAAAAAAUGUUUUAUUCAUGAAAAUUGUGUCUUACGGAUGAUUAACGCUUGUUAACGCACACAUUUUUCAUAAAGUGGCACUCCAAGUUUUCAAAAAUUUAGAGGAAGAUUCUAAGAUUACAAUUAGUACAGUAAUUUAAGCUGGUAAAUGAUUAGAAAAACAGAAGAUUAGGAAAACAAACGAACUAAUGAAAAAGAAAAGAAAAAAGAUGCCAAAAUAAGAGGAGAAAAACCGGAAACGACACUAAAACAAUUGUGUAGUUGUUUAAUCAUCUUUUUUUUCAAGCUUGCACAGAAAAAAAAAAAUUUGAAAUAACCACGUUUAACUGUCUUUUAUAAAUAUUGCUGUGCCCACAGUGUUUGCACUAGUGUUUAAUUAAUUAAAAAAACAGUCAGUAACGAGUUUCAAUUUACAUUUUUGAUAAAGUUCGGAUGUAACGCGCGCUCCCAUUGGUUGAAAGAGCGUUUUUCAUCAGAGAACACGCCAUCUAACAAUUUGUACAAUGUCCGACCAUCUACCGACCAUACUUCUCUCUGGCUGUUUUUUUUUUUUUUUUUUUUUUUUCCCAAAAAAUUGACCCGCAAGUCUUGCAUGACCUAUAACACGAACAUGACAAGGAGCACUUAGCUUCAAUUGAUACAGAACAACCUAAAGGAACCCAAAGACGUAGCGCCCUUUGCAACAGAACAGAGAACAAUCAAGGCCUGAUUGGACGAGUCUCAGGGAGCAAAACUGGCGCGAAGAGCUUUCCAAAAAUGGAAUGCUCUCUUUGAUUGGCCCAUUCCUGGAAAGAAGCGUUGUUCGAGUGAAAGCAGCUGAUCCAGGCUUGGAACAAUGUUGUAUGACAUCCCUGAACAGUGGCGAAGGAGACUAGAUUGACACGGGCAAAUAUGUAGCGACCCAUUCUCUUUCUGCAUCAUUUAUCAUCAUUCAUUUACAGGCGAAUAUGCGGCAAAAAAUUUAUCUUUCUUUCGGGGACCAUAACCGUACAUGACGGAGCGUUCUGUGAGGAUUUUAGUUCUUUCUUUGUGUAUUGUUUUGCAACUUUUUUUGUUAUUUUGUUAUAUUUUUGCCAGGAAGAGAUGGUCAACGUCUACUGCGAGUAAAGCAGGCAGGUUCCAAUCGUGGAUUACACUUGAUAUUGAACGUUAGACAAGAGGAAUAUUACGGGACGACAUCAUAUGUUGCCGGCCUCAAAGUUCUCAUUCAUGAUCAGCAGACUCUGCCACUGGUCUCUCAGCUUGGCUUUGCUGUGAGUCCUGGUGCGAGUACAUUUGCAGCGUUAAAAAAACUACGGGUAAUAGAUUACAUUGUCUAAUACUGUCGGAUUUUUUUAUGUAAACUUAGUUUUGUCAGCUCAUGGGCUUAACAAGUGGAAGGCUUUAACCCCUAAAUUUCCUCCGAUUCUUACAACAUCCAUACAUUUUCGAGCAGAAAGGAGAUGAAAAGUAAGGAUGAUAUCAGUUACGGGAUGUCAUUUGAGUUCACCGCAAAUUUUCAGAUCUAAUACCAUAAGGAAUUUAUAGCAGUAAGUGGUGAGAAUUGAUGUGGAAAUCUUAGAAGUGAAAGACUUUUAAGUCUAAGAAGCAUAAGAAUGUCGUCCUUAUCGACAAGUUGCAUCUCAAAAAAAAUUCGAGACGAUUAGAAGACAUCCUCCAAAACAUUUUUUAGGUUUCUCUUUAAUUGGAUUGUUACGUCAGUAUCUCGCCCAUUGUUAGGAUUCUCUUUUAUUGGAUUGUUCAUCAGUAUCUUGAGAACUUUUACGAUUCUCCUUCAUUCGAUUGUUACGUUAGUUUCUUGUGUAGUUUUAGGAUUCUUUUUAAUUCCAUUGUUACCCUAAUAUCUCGCGCACUUUUAAAAUUAUCACUCAAUGGAUUGUUACGUUAGUAUCUCGUGCACUUCUAGGAUUUUCUUCCAAUGGACUGCUACGUUAGUAUCUGACGCACUUUGGGAUUCUUUUAUAUUAGAUUGUUACGUUAGUAUCUGGCGCACUUUUAGGAUUCUCUUUCGAUGGAUUGUUACGUUAGCAUCUCACGCACCUCAAGGAUUCUUUUUCAUUGGAUUAUUACGUUAGUAUCUCACGCACUUUUAGGCUUAUUUUUCAUUGGAUUAUUGCGUUAGUCCUUGCACACUUUUAGGAUUCUUUCUCAUUAUCUCGUGCAUUGAUUGGGAUGUUACGUUAGUCUCUUGUGCCCUUUAGGAUAUAUUUUUCAAUAGAUAUAGCUUCGUUAGUACCUCGCGCACUCUUGGGAUUCUCUCUCAUCGGAGAUAGGUAAGUUUUAUGGACAAAGUAUAAGGCGCAUGGUGAAGUUAACCACAGAAAUUAGGAAUUCUUUCGAAACUCAAUUGAAAAUUGCUCUGAAAUUAAAGUUCUGUUGGACCACAGACAAUCAAUCUUCCAAAACCUUACGAGGGAAACUGCCAUGACAAAGAGAUUACUAGCAUACCUGGCUAUAACAAGUACACGAUUCCUUCUUGCCAAGAGAUUUGUGUGACCAACUUUGUAAUAAACAAGUGUGGAUGCAGGGACGCUUUGAUGCCGGGUAAGUCAUUUAAGUUUAACCAUUUGUUAGCUUGUAAGGCGCUCAUCAGAUCAGCAGCGAAGAACGCGCGCUUUUCUGUCCACCGGAGAUCUGGCACUAGUAAUGGUAUAACGGUAUUAGUAUAUACUUAAACGGUGGAUAGCGUCAUAAGCGGGCUCUGAUUGACUUCUCAAACUCCGAAUAUCCUUUGUUAUUCACUUGAAGCACAGAGUUUGCACCCGAAAAUAUAACUGUCGUUGCAGGAAAAAAUGAGCUACUUUUUUUCUUUUGUGCUGUAUUAUCUCACUGUUUUGGUCUAAAACAACGAAUCACCUCAGAGUCAGUGGCUGGCGUUGGAUAUCAACCUCGCUGCUUCACCACUCCCACUUCGAUGACUAGUUACUAAUGCUCAGGAGCCGAUGAGGCUUCUGAUAUGAUGUACUUCGUUACGAAUUUUAAAUCUUGAUCCCCAAGCAAAACUCAGCUUUGUUCAGGUUCUAUAAAUCUUUUUCUUGCUCAAACUGUUAGGUCUUUUAGAUGACAGGUAUUUAUGAGUAACUUAUGACGGUAAAAAUUAAGCAAUGCAUUUGUACCGGUGUGUCCUUCUCAACAUUUUAGCUUGUCAUUUUUGCAAAACCAUUUUUUCGGAUUAAUAAUAUUCUUAUUAUUGGGUUAUGGCUUACUAAAAAUCAUACCGCUAAAUGUUAAUUGAGCGCCGGUGAAUAACUUCACACACUUUUGCACAUAAAUGAUAUCAUACCAAAGAUUACAGGUACAUAGUCUGAAGUGUCAGCUGUCAUUUCGACCCAUUCUCCAAGGGCACCCGUGCGAGAGAUGGGGCUUCACCCGGGGGUUUGGGCGAGGAAACCACUUACCUAUCAGAUUAAUAAAUGCGUGCGCGGAAAACAUGGGGGUUCACUUUUUAUGAAAAAGCGAUAAGAAAAUCAGUGCUCUUAUUAAUUUUCUCUUCUCUCGACUUUUUCAUAGACAUAAACAACACCAGAGUGUGUGGAUUGAGUGAAAUCAAGAACUGCCUGGUGAAAGAGAUGAGUAUGUAGACAUUUAUAUUACUUGUUUUAUAAUACUUAUGAUAAAGUCUGUUAAAUCGCUUGUAUUUAGUCCAAAGGUAAAAAAACUUUCAGAGUCUUCGACUGAGUUGGGGAGAGGAGCUGGGGAACGAGUAAUCUCGUACUGAGAUCCUGCCGUGUAACUGCACCUGAAAUGAACACUCUCAACCGCUUGGCCGUGGAAGGUCUGGGUAAGACACUAGGAGACAAGGGUAUACCAAGUGUUUCAUCAAGAUUCAUUUACUUUCCAAUUCCGACUCCCUGUCAUUCCAAAUGGAUGAGGUAGGCCAAGACGUAACCAGGAGACCUCCUUAGCCUUUAACUGCAUACCCUCGAAAGCAUUUACAGGAGGAUUCCUCCCUUCCACAAGCCCUUUCACAAUGUCAUGAAAAUGGCGUUUUGAACUCGCUCGUACUUGGGAGGUCAAAAAACACUUAAGUUAAAAUGUUGCAUUGCUCCUUUCAGGCAACUUUUACAGUAGAAUAGAUGACCAAUGUGAGUGCCCAGUACCUUGUGAAUCCAUCUCUUUCAAUCCCAUAUUGUCAUACGCUGCCUUUCCGAGUAAAAAUUUCAUCAAAAGGAUCGUCAAAGAACAUGAUGGUUCCAAUGUUACACCAGAUUUAAUAAAAAGAGGACAAGAAAUAUUGAGGUAUUCGUAUUGUAGUUUCGAAAGGUGAAGAUUGUGUUGAGCCAUGGAGCGACAAAAAUUUAAAGUGGCUGAGCAAAAGUAAAACAAAAGUUAGCGAGCUUUGACCCUGAAUUUGUUCUAUUUUAUUCCAUUGCUUUUUAUUCUGUGAGGUCAUUUUGUUAUUUGCUAUCACACAAAGUUCAGAAUAUGAUCUCUCUCAAUUACUUGUGAUGAGGCAGUUUCGUUGAUAAGUCUCUUGAGGUUGUGUACCUACGGCCACACAUGAAUUUUGUCUUGUUACUAAAGCAAAGGAUUCUCGACCAAUCUAUGGUGGAAAUAGAUUAACAAAACAAUGAACAGCUAAUGAAAUCAGAAAAUACUGACAUUUCACUUGGGAAAUAAUAUCUGAAAAAAUCUGACCUGUAGUUGGCUACUUACCACAUAAGUAUUUAUUUCAUAUUUAAUACUUCAACAGCCAGAAUCAGCUGGAACUGCGCGUGUAUUUUCAAGAACUCAAUUACCAAGUCAUCGAGGAAAUACCUGCUUAUAACUAUGAAAGUCUUUUAGGUACGUGUCGGUGCAAGAUCCACAAAUUGGACUUAAGAUCUCUUGAAGUGCAUGGUCCAGUCGUCUGAGAAAAAAAUAUUUGGUGAUAACAGAGCAAUCGAAUUUUUCGUUGAUGAAAGCUCUGGGAUGGCUUAAUUUUUAAAUAUGUUACAAGAAUAUGUAAGAUAUAUGUUAUAUAUUAGAAUAUAUCACUUCUAAUUGUCACUUUUAAAAACGAUCCUCUUUUCGGUCGGGUGCUUAGUUGCCAGGCCUCUGAGAAAGGUCUAGGCCGAAAGUGACGUCACUUUGGUUAUAAUCCCGGUGUUUUUCAACUGUAAAUUACUUCUAUAUCGUGCCAACAAUUUGCUCCUUUCUAUCGAUCAUGAAGGUACCCAUGGUCUCUCUCUCUUUAAAACCUUGACAGCUAUGCCUAUAACUGUGAGAAUGAACAUUUGUAAAAAGAUCCUAGUUUAUCACAUUAUAACUGUUGUUGGAGGUCAAAAAGACUAAGAUCUUCAUAUCUUCUUUUCACCACAGGUGAAAUCGGUGGUCAAGUUGGUCUCUGUGUUGGAGCCAGUCUCUUGACCGUGCUUGAAUUCUUUGACCUCAUAAUUGCUAUCGUCGGGAUACGGCUAGGAUUUAGAUAAAAUCACACACUGAACGAUAUAAUAGCAUACAGCAGGAGCCCAUUGCUGCUUACAAUGAGGCCUUAAACUAUGGUGGAAAAUUGAAACAAAUCUUCAAGCUUUCAACGAUCCAUGCAUCACCAGAUGAUGAGACCUUUGAAGCCAAAGAGAUUUAUUUGCAAAGUUUAGGUCUUUGAUUUAACCUCUAGACACGCAACCGGCCCCCAGAAUCGCAAACUUAGCUAGGCGUUUUAGCAAGCUUUUGCAGCUGCGAAUAACCCCCGUGAAUUACAAGCUUAGCUAGUUGGUUAGCAAGUUAGUGCAUUUUAAACAUAGCGAGAGUCUUCUCUGUAAUCAUUAAUGUUUAAGCAAAGCAUAACUUCUUUAGUUUAGAAAGCAAUUGGUAUCAUAAUCGCGAAUGGUCAUACGCAGUAGAAAGUAAAAACGACUGCGGUAAAGCCUUUUAAAAAUACUCGAUGUCAUCCCUGGCAAUGCCGCCCCAACUCACCUCCCCAAACCAAGUAACCAAAAUCAUUCCUCAAUAUAUUACUCUAUAAAUACCUGUAAAUUCAAGUCACCAAGUCUGUAAAAGUUGUUGAAUUCAAUAAAUAAUCUGUCUGUCUCAAAUUUUCAGUAAACAAAUGUUUGUGGUAUUGCGAUUAGUGAUCAACGACUCUUUUACUGGCGAUCUCAGCCUGGGACUUACGUGACUGGGGAAAGACUUGGGGGCGCCUUGGAAAUGGGACGACGUGACUUCUAUUCUGCAAAGGAUAAUUAUAUUACGUCCUUGAAUCCAGUCAUGCGUCAACAUUAAGUUGCUUGGUUAGUUACGCAAAGGAAUUGACAACUAGAGCAUCCGCUGUGAUAUCCGAAACAUUCAUGUUUUAUAUUACCGCAGCUAGAUAGAAGCGAUGAUUUUCUUUCGUAUGAGGGAAUACAAAGGUGAUCAAAACCGUGAAAAAAAAAGAAAGGUUAAAAGGAAAAUUAUAUAGACUAAAAGAAUUUGAACCUGCGACUCUUUCAUAAUAGCGAUUUAGUAGGUUAACCAACCGAGUUGUCAAGACAACUGGAAGCUGGUCAAAAUGUAAUAUUCAUCUUCAUUAUCUCAUCAUUCUCAUAUCCCUGCCACACCAGAGCUUAAACAUGCUUUAAAGCUGUCUUAUUAGGCGAGGUUUGUCGACUCCAUUUAAGCACAUUGAAAAGACGAGUUGGUGAAUUCUUGAAACCUAUGGAAUAGAAUAAAUCAGUUUUCCAGUUAGCUGUUUCUGAUUUUCAUUCAGUCAAACCCGGUUUAACUGAAUGUGUUUUUCUUGUAAUAUAUCAACCAGUUAAUAUUCUUGGACUAUUUCUAGUCUUCGAAAGAACAGCCUGCCGUUCAUAUGAGUUAACUGAUUACUAAUUCAGUGUGGAAGAUGAAAAGUUAUAAAUUAUUAAGCGGAUUAUCAUAAUUGAAAUACAUCUCACCGCAAGAUAAUUGAAAUAUUUCACGGCAAGCUCCACUCACCGUAGAAACUCAACAUCUGCUUUUCGUGUCAAACUAAAUUUGACUGAAGUACUUACUUAAGCAGGUUGACAGAUACUUCAGUUGGCUAAGUACUUGCUUUAGCAGGUACUUUUGGGGACAGGUAUUUCAGCUAACUGAAGUUCCUGCUUUAGCUCAAGCUUUGAGGGUUAUUUUCUCUUAAGUUAUCUUAUCAAGUAUAAUUCUAAUCUAUGCCAUGUGUCCUUUUUACUUUUCAUUUCAUCAAUCUUACUUUUGUCUUCGCCGACCUUAACUUCAAAAGUGUGAAAUUUUAGGUAGAACGCCAUUUUGAAGAGAAACUUCAAACCGAAGGUACACACUCAGUAUGCGGGAACUGUUUCACGGAUUUCAACAUGAUUCGCUUGCUGAGUGAGAAGUAGUGACGUUGGUCAAAUAUUGACACUUGCCAACUGUCACCUUUUUAAAUUAGAGAUUAGCACUUUCCUAGAGAGUAGAGUUGGACCCAAGCUAGCACGUUGUAUUGAGUUUUCAAGAAACGAAACAAAAAAGUAUCAACUGGACAGGAAGUAUCAGAAAAAUCUUCUAGCAAGGGCGGGAAAGAAUCCACUAUGCAUCCUGGAUUUUCUAAAGCAGAAUUAGGAGAAACAAAAUAUCCAAAGCAAGGCAAGUCAUAUGAUGUUAACCACACUUCUGACGGUCAGACUGCUCAAGUCUCGAGUCAGAAAGCAGAAAUAGAGAAAACUUGGAAUAAAUUUGUCGAAUCGUCCACUCUUCACGGUUUGCUUCACGUCUUCUCCAGCUCAACCACAACGCGUCGCUUUCUAUGGGCUGUGCUUCUUUUGCUGGCAAUGAUGUGGUUUUCAUUUCAGUCCUUCAAGUUGAUUGAGAAGUAUUACAGGUACCGAGUCACGACAAAAGUCAGUUUGAAAUACGACCCCAUGCCGACUUUUCCAGCGGUGACUAUCUGCAACUUCAACGUGUUCAAAAGGUCUGUGGUUAGAACGUCAGCGUAUGAAGAAAUUUUGCCCCAACUUCAUGCAUCCGUUGUUAAAAAAAUGGGCUUGCCCGAUGUCAAUGAUAGCUUUGACUUAAACAAAUAUCAUGACUUAAACCUCACACAGUUUUACAUCGAUGCAGGACACCAAAGCAAUGAUACUGUUGGACAUUGCAUUUGGGACGGAAAACCGACCUGCGAUCACAGGAAUUUCACGUCCGUGUUGACAUCAAUGGGACUUUGCCACACUUUCAACUCAGGUAAAUUUUAAGAAUAUUAAAAAUAAAUAAACACAGUCAGCAACGAGUUUAAUUUGCAUUUUGAAUAAAGUUCGGAUGUAACGAGCGCUUCCAUUGGUUGAAAGAGCGUGUUUUAUCAGAGAACAAACACAGAACUAAAGCUAUCACGCCAUCUGCCAAUAUGUACAAUAUCCGACCAUCUCCUGCCUUUUUUUUUUUAAACAUUGACCCACAAGUCUGGCAUAACCUAUAGCACGAAAAUGAAAACGAGCUCUUAGCUUCAACCGGAUACAGAACAACGAAAAGGAACCCGAACUGAAAGAAGUAGCGCGCUUUGCAACAGAACAGAGCACAAUCAAGGCGUGAUUGGACUAGUCUCAAGGAGCAAAACUGGCGCGAGAAGCUUUCCAAAAUUGGAAGGCUGUCUGUGAUUGGCCCAUCCUCGGAGAGAAGCAUUGUUCGAGUGGAAGCAGCUGAUCCAGGCUUAGUAGAAUGUUGCAUGACAUCUCUGAACGGCAGCGAAGGAGACUACAUUGAUACGGACAAAUAUGCGGCGACCAAUUCUCUUUCUGCAUCAUUUAUCUUCUUCUGGAGCGUUCUGUAGGGCUUUUUGUUCUUUCUCUGUGAACUCUUUUGCAACUUUUUUGGUUUUUUUUUUAUUUUUUUCCAGGAAGAGAUGGUCAACCUAUACUGCGAGUGAAGCAGGGAGGUUCCAAUCGCGGAUUACACUUGAUAUUGAACGUUAGACAAGAGGAAUAUUACGGGACGACAUCAUAUGUUGCCGGCCUCAAAGUUCUUGUUCAUGAUCAGCAGACUCUGCCACUGGUCUCUCAGCUUGGCUUUGCUGUGAGUCCUGGUGCGAGUACAUUUGCGGCGUUAAAAAAACUACGGGUAAUAGAUUACAUUGUUCAAUUAUGUGAACUUAGUUUUGUCAGCUCAUGGGCUUAACAAGUGGAACUGCUUUAACCUUUAAGUUUCCUCUCACGACAUCUAUACAUUUUCGAGCAGAAAGGUGAUGAAAAGGUAGGAUAAUAUCAGUUACGGGAUGUCAUUAGAGUUCACUGCAAAUUUUCAAAUUCUACUUUUAGGAUUAGUAUUUUGAGAACUUUUGCAGUUCCCCUUCAUUCGAUUGUUACGUUAGUUCCUCGCGUAGUUUUAGGAUUCUUUUUAGUUCGAUUGUUACGUUAGCAUCUCUUGAAUUUUUAGAGUUCUCUUUCACUGGAUUGUUACGUCAGUAUCUCGUGCACUUUUGGGAUUCUCUUUCAUUGUGAUGUUACAUUAGUAUCUCGUGCACUUUUAGGAUUAUCUUCCAAUGGACAGUUACGUUCGUAUCUGGUGCACUUCAAGGAUUUUUUUUAUUAGAUUGUUACGUCGGUAUCUUGCGCACUUUUAGAAUUCUCAUUCAGUGGAUUGUCACGUUAUUAUCUCGUACGCUUUUACGAUCUUCUUUCAAUGGACUGGUACCUUAGUAUCUAGCGCACUUUAAGGAUUCUCUUUCAUUGUAUUGUUACGUUAGUAUCUCGCACACUUUUAGGAUUAUCUUCCGAUGGACUGUUACAUUCGUAUCUGGUGAACUUUAAGGAUUCUUUGUUAUUAGAUUGUUACGUCGGUAUUUCGCGCACUUUUAGAAUUCCUAUUCAAUGGAUUGUUACGUUAUUAUCUCGUGCGCUUUUACGAUCUUCUUUCAAUGGACUGGUACCUUAGUAUCUAGCGCACUUUAAGGAUUCUAUUCAUUAUAUUGUUACGUUAGUAUUUCGCGCACUUUUAGGAUUAUCUUCCAAUGGACUGUUACGUUCGUAUCUGGUGCACUUCAAGGAUUCUUUUUUAUUAGAUUGUUACGUCGGUAUCUUGCACACUUUUAGAAUUCUUAUUCAAUGGAUUGUUCCGUUAUUACCUCGUGCGUUUUUACGAUCUUCUUUCAAUGGACUGCUAUCUUAGUAUCUGGCGCUUUAAGGAUUCUCUUUCGUUGGAUUGUUACGUUUUGUAUCUCACGAACUUUAAGCAUUCUUUUUCAUUGGAUUGUAACGUUAGCAUCUCACGCACUUUUAGGAUUUUUUUCAUUGAAUUGUUGCGUUAGUCUCUUGCACACUUUUAGGAUUCUUUCUCAUUGGAUUGUUACGUUAGCAUCUCAAGAACUUUCAGAGUUCUCAUUGAUAUGGAAUGUUACGUUAGUCUCUUGUGCCUUUUAGGAUUCAUUUUCGAUGGAUAGUUUCGUUAGUAUCUCGCGCACUCUCAAGAUUCUCUCUCGUCGGAGGUAGAUUAGUUUUAUGGACAAAGUAUAAGGCACAUGGUGAAGUUAACCACAGAAAUUAGGAAUUCUUUCGAAACUCAAUUGAAAAUUGCUUUGAAAUCAAAGUUUUUUUAACCACAGACACUCAAUCUUCCAAAACCUUAUGAGGGAAACUGCCAUGACAAAGAGAUUACUAGCAUACCUGGCUAUAACAAGUACACGAUUCCUUCUUGCCAAGAGAUUUGUGUAACCAACUUUGUAAUUAAUAAGUGUGGAUGCAGGGACGCUUUGAUGCCAGGUAAGUCAUUAAAGGUGCGUUUCGCUAACCAUUUGUUAGUCUGUGAGCAGGCGCUCAUCAGAUCAGCGGCCUAGGACGCACACUUUUAUGCCCGUUGGGGAUCUUAUCAAUAUAUAUGUAAAUCUUGAUCAUAGUCUAUCUUUUCUUUAUAGUGCUUGAUAUGUUCGCAGAGUGUGGUAUAUCUGAAAGUUGGACAAAUCAAUAAGACAACUUUUCUGUGACUCUGAUGAGUUUCACGCUUACGCGAUCAUCAGACAGAUUUUAAUAUUUUAAUCUAAUAUUACUAAGACAAUAAAUCGCCUCAGAGUCAGUGGUUAGUGGUGAAUAUCAACCUCGCUGCUUCACCACUCCCACUUCAGUGACUAGUUGCUAAUGCUCAGGAGCCGAUGGGGCUUCUGAUAUGAUGUACUUCGUUACAAAUUAUACAUCUUGAUCCCCAAGCAAAAACUCAGCUUAAUUCAGGUUCUAUAAUUCUUUUUCUUGCUCAAACUGUUAGGUCUUUUAGAUGACAGGUAUUCAUGAGUAACUCAUGACGGUAAAAAUUAAGCAAUGCAUUUGUACCAGUGUUUGUCCUUCUCAACAUUUUAGCUUGUCAUUUUUGCAAAACCAUUAUUUCGUAUCAAUAAUACUCUGGUUAUGACUUGUUAAAAAUCAUACUGCUAAAUGUAAAUUGAGCGCCGGCGAAUAACUCUUGCGCAUAAAUAAUAUCAUACCAAAGUUUACAGGUACGUAUUCUGAAGUGUCAGCCAUCAUUUCGACCCAUUCCUCAUGGGUGCACGGGCGAGAGAUAGGGCUUCAACUGGGGGCUUGAGGCGAGGAGACCACUUACCUAUCAGAUUAAUAGAUGCCGGCGUGCGCAGAAAAAUUGGGGUUCGUUUUUUAUAAAAAACCUAUAAGAAAAUCAGUGCUCUUGUUGAUUUUGGCUUCUCUCGACUUUUUCACAGACAUAAACAACACCAAAGUGUGUGGAUUGCGCGAAAUCAAGAAUUGCCUGGAGAAAGAGAUGAGUAUGUAGACAUUUAUAUUACUUGGUUUUAUAAUAGUUAUGAUAAAAUCUGUUAAAUCGCGUGACGAAUAAUCUCGUACCCAGAUCUUACCGUGUGACUGUAACUGAAAUGUACACUUUCAAUCGCUUGGCUGUAGAAGGUCUGAGUAAGAGACUGACAAACGAGGGUAUACCAAGUGUUUCAUCAAGAUUCAUUUACUUUCCAAUUCCAACUGCCUGUCAUCACAAAUGAAUGAGGCAGGCCAAGACGUAACUGGAGUACUUCCUCAGCCUUUCACUGCAUGCCCUCAAAGCAUUUCCAGGAGGAUUCCUCCCAUCCACAAGCCCUCUCACAAUGUCAUGACAAUGGGAUUUUGAGCUCGCUUGUAUUUGGAAGAUCAAAAAUUCACUUAUAUGAAAAUGUUUUUAUUACUUCUUUCAGGCAACUUUCACAGUAGAAUAGAUGACCAGUGUGAGUGCCCAGUACCUUGUGAUUCAAUCUCCUACAAUCCCAUAUUGUCAUACGCUGACUUUCCGAGUAACAACUUUAUCGCUAAUUAUAUCGAACAACAAGGAGGACCCGAUCUUACAACAGAUUCAUUGAAAGAGAAACAAGAAAGCAUGACGUAAUCGUAUUGUAGUUUCGAAAGGUGAAAAUUGUGUUGAGCCAUGGAGCAACAAAAGUUAAAGUGGCUGUGCAAAAGUCAAACAAACGUUAGCGAGCGUUGACCCUGAAUUAGGUAUACAAGGGUUGAUAAAAGUUUGGGGAGGUUAAUAACGAGCUUGGACACUGAAUAAUGUACACAGUGGUCAGACUCACGGUAGGAGAGGACGGUAGUAGAUGAAAACAUCCUCUAUCCUCCGGUUCCUAAUACUGUUUUUAAUUUUAACUACAGAUGGCCUCCAUUAAGAGUUAAAAAUAAGCUACUUAGAAGUGGACCUUGAAGUAAAGUUUCGUGGGAUAUCCUAAGCCCCUAAAUAUGACCAGAUGCGACUCAAUUAGCCAUAUUUCUCUCAAUUCAAUGACGAGAUUAGUGUUAUAUCAAGUAACAGAAUGAUAUCGAUCCUCACAGGUGAAACUGAAUUUAGAAAGAUAAUUUUCCUGACUCCCAGCGAGGAGUGUCAAUAUUUCCGUUGGUAGUAACACCUAACCGACCUCCAAGGGGGCAUGGGUUCGAGGUCCGUCGUGCUUUUUCAUCUGUGAGGUCAUUUUGUUAUUCGCUAUCACACAAAGUUCGAAAUACAAUUUCUCUCAAUGAUUUGUGAUGAGGCAGUUUUAUUGAUAAGUCUCUUGGGGUCAGGUACAUAUAACACCAAACUGAAAUUAUAUGAACAGCCAGUAAAGUCAGAAAAUGCUGACAUUUCACUUGGGAAAUGACACCUGAAAAAAUCUGAUCGCGGGAUACGAGUGGAGCGUUGUCCACGGCCCCACGCCAUUUGGACUGUCAGUGAAAUUAAAUAGAGGAUUAAUAUUUUCCAUCCCUGUAGCCGGCUACCUGCACUUCACUUUUUAUUUCAUAUUUAAUACUUCAACAGCCAGAAUCAGCUGGAACUGCGCGUGUAUUUUCAAGAACUUAAUUACCAAGUCAUCGAGGAAAUACCUGCUUAUAACUAUGAAAGUCUGUUAGGUACGUGUCGGCGUAAGAUCCACAAAUUGGACUUGUGCUCUCAAAGUGCAUGGUCCAGUCGUCUGGGACAAAAAGAUUUGGUGAUAACAGAACAAUCAAAUUUUUCGUUGAUAAAAGCUCUGGGAAGGCUUAAUUUUGGAAUAUGUCAAUAGAAUAUGUUAGAUAUAUCUUAUAUUUUACAAUAUGUCACUUGUAAUUGUCACUUUUAGAAAAGAUCCUCUUUACGGUCGGGUGCUCAGUUGCCAGGCCUCUGGAGAAGGUCCAGGUCGAAAGUGACGCCACUGUGGUAAUAAUCCCGGUGUUUCUCAACUGUAAAUUACUUCUAUAUCGUGCCAACAAUUUGCUCCUUUCUAUCGAUCACGAAGGUACCCAUGGUAUAUCUCUCUUUAAAAGCUUGACAGCUUUAUUAUAACUGUGAGAAUGAACAUUUAGAAAAAGAAUCCAAGUUUAUCACAUAAUUGUUGCUGGAGGUCAAAAAGACUAAGAUCUUCAUAUCUUCUUUUCACCACAGGUGAAAUCGGCGGUCGAGUUGGUCUCUGUGUUGGCGCCAGUCUCUUGACCGUACUUGAAUUCUUUGACGUCAUAAUUGCUAUCGUCGGGAUACGGCUGGGAUUUAGAUAA